AUGAAAGCAAUGGUGUCAAAUGCUGCUGUUUUGGGAAUAUUCUUUGUCUCUCAGUUUGGGAUUGGUUUUAUUGGGAAUACAUUGCUACUCACAUUACAAACCAAUAUCCUCUUAUUUCAGCAUCGUACAAAGAAGCCGAUAGAUUGGAUAUUCAUCCACUUAACCUUAGCUAAUGUCAUGACAAUUCUUUUCAGUGGGGUUCCAGAAAUAAUACAUUACUUUGGAAUAAGAAAUUUUCUGGAUGAUGCUGGUUGUAAGGCAGUGCUCUACCUGUUCAGAGUCGGCCGGGGUCUUUCCCUCUGUACAACGUCCUUGCUGAGUAUGUUUCAGGCUGUAAUUAUCACUCCCAGCAACUCUAGGUGUGCGUGGCUCAAGCCCAGAAUCUCCACCUGCAUUUUUCCUGCUUUCCUUCUGUUUUGGAUCCUCAACAUGCUGAUCUACAUCCGGGUCAUCAUGAAUGUUGUCGCGCCCUACAACUCCACGGAAGUCAAUCAAAUAUAUUCCCUGCCGUACUGCAUUUCGGAAGGUCCUUGUACAAAGAAGAUAUCUCCCUUUCUGGGCGCAAUGGUCACACGAGAUGUCCUGUGCUUGUCCCUCAUGAUCUUGACCAGUAUGUACAUGGUGAGGCUCCUCUUCACACACCGCAGGACCGUCCAGCACAUCCACAGGACCAGCCUCUGCCCACGAGCCUCUCCCGAAACCAAGGCCACCCACACGAUCCUGGCCCUGGUGAGCUGCUUUGUCUUCUUUUACUGGACCGACAGCUGCCUUACUAUUUACAGAAAUUACAGACACAACUUACACGGGUUGGAGAACAUCUCUCUUUUUCUUGCCUGUUCUUAUCCAUCCAUUUGCCCUUUUCUGCUGAUCAAAAAUAAUGAAAGAGGAUCCUUUCUAAAUGUGCAUUUCCGAAAAUCAGAAAGUUCUCACUAG